AAAUCCUUCUCGAAAAGGGCAGCGGCGAGCAGCGUAUAUAUACGGCGCGGAGCCGGCUGGGAGAGUGUCCCGCAUCCCUCCCUCCCUCCCUCGCCGCUAUCCGCUCCCCGUCCGUCCGUAGGCUCCUCCUCCUCCUCCCCCUCCCCCGUCCCGGCCGUCUCCGACCCCUCACUGCUCGAGUUUGGAACCAGGGAGGAGUAUCUAGAGGAGAGAUGGCGGCGGAGAGGGUCAAGGACGCCGGCGUCCUCGCCAUGGACAUCUACUUCCCGCCCAACUGCGUCCUCCAGGAAGAACUGGAAACUCAUGAUGGCGUGAGCAAAGGGAAGUACACCAUUGGGCUUGGGCAGGAUAGCAUGGCCUUUUGCACUGAAGUGGAGGAUGUCAUUUCAAUGAGCUUGACAGUGGUGAAGACUCUCCUGAAAAAUUAUAACAUCGAUCCAAAGUGCAUUGGACGUUUGGAAGUUGGCAGUGAAACUGUAAUAGACAAGAGCAAGUCUAUAAAGACAUGGUUGAUGCAAAUAUUUGAGGAGUGUGGCAAUACUGAUAUUGAAGGAGUUGAUUCCUCAAAUGCAUGUUAUGGUGGAACAGCUGCUUUGUUUAAUUGUGUUAAUUGGGUUGAGAGCAACUCAUGGGAUGGACGUUAUGGGCUCGUUGUUUGCACAGACAGCGCGGUUUAUGCUGAAGGGCCGGCUCGUCCUACUGGCGGUGCAGCUGCUAUUGCCAUGCUGAUUGGACCAAAUGCUCCUAUUUCAUUGGAAAGCAAAUUUAGAGGGUCUCAUAUGGCACAUGUUUAUGACUUUUACAAGCCUGAUCUUGCGAGCGAAUAUCCGGUGGUCGAUGGGAAGCUGUCACAGACAUGCUAUCUCAUGGCACUGGAUUCCUGCUACAAGACCUUCUGCAAAAGGUACGAAAAGAUUGAAGGGAAGCCAUUUUCAAUCGUCGACGCAGAUUCUUUUGUAUUUCAUUCUCCAUACAACAAGCUUGUACAGAAAAGUUUUGCUCGUUUAUACUACAAUGACUUCUUGAGAAACUGCAGCAUUGUUGACAAAGACUCAAGGGAAAAAUUGGAGCCCUACUCGGGCCUGUCAUCCGAAGAAAGCUAUCAGAGUCGAGACCUCGAGAAGGUUUGUCAGCAAGUUGCGAAGCCGCUGUAUGACACCAAGGUUCAACCAACAACAUUGAUCCCGAAGCAACUCGGGAACAUGUAUACGGCAUCGCUCUAUGCUGCUUUUGCAUCAGUUGUCCACAACAAACACGAUGCUCUGGUGGGCCAGAGGAUCGUCAUGUUCUCCUACGGCAGUGGCAUGACGUCGACAAUGUUCUCCUUCAAAAUCAACGAAGGCCAGCAUCCGUUCAGCCUAUCGAACAUCGCAAGCAUACUGGACAUCUCCAACAAAUUGGAGUCUAGGCAUGUGGUUCCGCCGAAGAAAUUCGUCGAGGCGCUGAAGCUGAUGGAGCACCGCUAUGGCGCCAAGGACUUCGUCACCAGCCAGGACACGCGCUUGCUCGUCCCAGGCACCUACUACCUCACCCAUGUCGACUCCAUGUACCGCCGGUUCUACGCCGUGAAAGGCGACGCCGCGGCAACUCCGGCCCUGGGCAACGCCGCGCUCGGCGGGGACCGGCACCGCGAGGCCGUCUGGGACGCGCUCUUCCCGGGCGCGCUGCGGGAGCUCGCGAGGGUCCGGGACGCCGGCGUCCUCGACCCGCUCUGCAUGGUGCUCGACACCUGCUGCUCCGGCGACGGCGGCCGCGGCAGGGUCGAGGAGCUCUGCCAUGAGGACCUGGGCCUGCCCGUGCUCGUCGAACUCGUCGCCACCGCCUCCCGAUUGGGGCACAAGGAAGAAUGGUUGGAGUGGCUUCUCUUCAAAAUCUGUGUUGAGGAGGAAAAGUUCGAAGCCUUGUUUGCAGCCCUAGAUUCAACUGAUGGUGGUGAAUCUGGGGAUGGGUUCAGUGCUAAGCAUGCAUUUCUUAUGGGUACAUUGUCAAAGUGUUUGACUGAACGACCUGAAGAAGUUAGUAUCUCAAACAGUUUUGCUCUUCAUGUAUUCAAUAUACUGAAGCAUGCUGCUGAGACUCUGGAUUUUACUUGCCGAGGUAGCUCUGCUCUUCCAACUGGUUGCCCUGGAAUUGAUGUCCUUGGAUAUUCAUUAGUGCUCCUGAAGGACAUAUGUGCUUGGGAACCCUCUUCAUCAGAGACUGAAGCACCUGUUGACUCACUGUUGCAGGCUGAGCCCUCCUCAUCGGGGACUGAAGCACCUGUUGACUCACUGUUGCAGGCCGGUCUGGUAAAACGCCUCUUAAAAUACCUAGGUGAGCUUGAGCCUCCAAGUACAAUCAGGAAGGCGAUGGCAAAGGAACAAGGAGAUCAACAGCCAGCCCUUGCAACUGCAAAGGUCUGCCCAUACAAUGGUUACAGGAGAGAUUUGGUGGCUGUCAUUGCCAAUUGCUUGCAUGGAAGGAAACAGGUGCAGGAUGAGGUUAGGCAGCUGAACGGGAUUAUGUUGCUGUUGCAGCAGUGUGUCAUUGAUGAAGGAAAUGCAUACUUGAGGGAGUGGGGUCUGCUAGCUGUGAGAUAUUUGCUUGAAGAAAACGAGGAAAAUCAGAAGGAGGUAUCUGAGCUUCAGAUGCAAGAACCUAUUCUAACUCCAGAGGUCGCAGAGUUAGGCCUAAGAGUGGAGAUCGACAAGAAAACGGGUCAUCCAAAAUUGGUCAAUUCCUCCUGAUGUAAAAACCUCCUAUCUUGUAUUGGCAAUGCCUGGACUUACUAUCUGGAUGCAUGUUUAACUUCAGCACAUGAUGAAGAUUUUUCACUUUGGUCCCGCCCUGUCUGAGACGAAAACCAGGAGAAACUUACGCUGGUCAUGGUUCCUCUAGGCAUCAGUGGGAGAAAUGUAAAUGUUGGAUGCUGCCGCCCCGGGGGAAAUAGGGGUUAUAUUCUCAUUAGGUACUUCUAGUUCUGGCUAUGACUACCAGAUGCAAUGUCUGCCAUUUUAAACCCUUGCGCUGGGCUAUGAUUACAGAUUCAAACAUUUUAUGCAGUGUAGACAUUUGAAAUGUUUUUGGAUCCGAACCGUUAUGUACUGUCGCACAACAGUGAUGUGGGAAUAGGCAUAUGGUUUGAUUGCCGUUUCA